UCAAGAACUAGGCUGUUACCCUUAUUCUUUAGAGAUAUUAAGAAAAUUUGGUUUUAAGAUAUUGAAACUCGUCUUAUUUGGAAUUAGAACCCCUAUUCAGUAUCGAUUACUUGGAAGACAAUCCUGGGAUGGUGCUAAAGAUGCGCUUUUGAUUUAUAAUAAAAUAGAUCCAAACCAGU